ACGGUUUAAAAAAGUGGGUGGGACAACCUGGCUCAACGUAUAAAAGCCAGCCUCGGUGCAGAUUUUCUCCCAGACAGUGGCUCAACCUCCAGGACUCUUCCAGUGUGGCUGAAGACAACUCUUCACACAAGAUGGUAGGAACAAAUCAUAGGCGCAGUCGCACCAAAUUCACAGAAGAUCAGUUGAAAAUCCUCAUCAAUACCUUCAAUCAAAAGCCUUACCCAGGUUAUGCUACCAAACAAAAACUUGCUUUAGAAAUCAACACAGAAGAGUCCAGAAUCCAGAUUUGGUUUCAGAAUCGAAGAGCUAGGUUCGGAUUCCAGAAAACACCAGGACCUAAGACUUUAGAAUCAAGCCAAAGCCAUGGGCAAGACCAACCUUAUAUGGAGCUUCAAAGUAGAGAAGCCAGACGGUGUCGGACCAUCUACAGCACCUCUCAAUUACGCACUCUCAUCGAGGCAUUUAUGAAAAACCCAUACCCUGGGAUUGAUUGCAGAGAACAACUUGCUAAGGAAAUUGGUGUUCCAGAGUCAAGAGUCCAAAUUUGGUUCCAAAAUCGAAGAUCUAGAUUUCAUCUCCAGAGAAAAAGGGAAGUUGUGUCCUUGGAGCCAGAAGACCAGGGCAAGAUUUCUGAGGGACUGCAAGGUGCAGAGGAUACACAAAAUGGCACCAACUUCCCUAGCAACUCUCAUUCCUCUAGAGCCAGAACAUGGUGAACAUGUUCAAGUUCAGCAUACUUUAUAUUAUCAGUUGGGCCCCAAAUCUCUCGCAUUCUGGGGGAAAAAAAGUUGCCCAGGUGCCAAGGCAAGAGACUGAAGGCACAAUCUGUCCCAAUAUCAUAAAUAACUGAUUACUUAGUUAUAGCAAUGAAACCAAAUAUAUUCACUGAUUACUUAGUUAUAGCAAUGCUACCAGAGAGAUGUGGAAACAAUCACAUAAUCAACUAUAUAAUCAAUCAUAUUAAAUCAUAAUUCUCUAUUAUUAACCUUUGCUUUAGUUUUAUAGCAUAGAAUCAUUUUAGUCUUAUAGUAUAGACAUAAUCGGGUGAAAUAUAAUUAGGAACUGAAGGAACAUUGUGAGAAGUGAUCCUGACGCAACAGUGAGAGCCUUGUGGUAACGCCAGCGCCUGGGAAGGUGCCCCAUUGCUUAUCAGUCAGGCCUCGUGGUAAUGCCAGCACCUGGGAAGUUGCCCCAUUGCUUAGCAGGCCAUGAAGGGGAGCUUCCUUUCACUGGGGAAGUUCAGAGAACACUCUGCCCUGCCCAGCUCUUGAGGAAGGCCUGACAUUAGCCAGGCCUGCCCAGACAUCCAGGGGCUUAAAUGCCACUCUGGUGCUGUGCUCCAGUGGUCACCAUCCUCGUCUACUUUCAUCUUCUGCUUUCCCACCCAGAGCUCCUUAGAAAUCGUGAGAAGUAAGAAUACAGGAAUCCUAAAAGCCUUUGAUCUUUCUGAUAAGUGCAUAGAAAGAUGC